CCCACUCCUCCGGCAGCGCGGAGCCCGUCGGAAGAGGAAGGAACAAAAGGUCCGGGGCCCGGCUCGGACGGGCCGGGACCAGGCGCUGGGUGCAGGGGCUUAGAAAUCUCCCUGAUAACAACUCAUGGAAAUGCAAGUUGGCUUAUAAAAUAGGUAGAUUUACCUGACUGUUUCUGAGUGUGGAUUGUUACCUUUGGUAAGAAAAUGUCGUCCAUCUUGCCAUUCACUCCGCCAGUGGUGAAGAGACUUCUGGGAUGGAAAAAAUCAGCCGGUGGGUCUGGAGGAGCAGGUGGUGGAGAACAGAAUGGACAGGAAGAAAAGUGGUGUGAAAAAGCAGUGAAAAGUCUGGUGAAAAAGCUAAAGAAAACAGGACGAUUAGAUGAGCUUGAGAAAGCCAUCACCACUCAGAAUUGCAAUACUAAGUGUGUCACCAUACCAAGCACUUGCUCUGAAAUUUGGGGACUGAGUACAGCAAAUACGGUAGAUCAGUGGGACACAACAGGCCUUUACAGCUUCUCUGAACAAACCAGGUCUCUUGAUGGCCGUCUUCAGGUUUCACAUCGGAAAGGGUUGCCACAUGUUAUAUAUUGCCGGCUAUGGCGCUGGCCGGACCUUCACAGUCACCAUGAGCUCAAGGCAAUUGAAAACUGCGAAUAUGCUUUUAAUCUGAAAAAAGAUGAAGUAUGUGUAAAUCCUUACCACUACCAGAGAGUUGAGACACCAGUUUUGCCUCCAGUCUUAGUGCCUCGGCACACAGAGAUCCUAACAGAACUGCCGCCUCUGGAUGACUACACCCACUCCAUUCCAGAAAACACAAAUUUCCCAGCAGGAAUUGAGCCGCAGAGUAAUUAUAUCCCAGAAACACCACCACCUGGAUAUAUCAGUGAAGAUGGAGAAACAAGUGACCAACAGUUGAACCAAAGUAUGGACACAGGCUCUCCGGCUGAACUGUCUCCUACUACUCUUUCUCCUGUUAAUCACAGCUUGGACUUGCAGCCAGUUACUUACUCGGAGCCUGCAUUCUGGUGUUCAAUCGCAUACUAUGAGCUGAACCAGAGGGUUGGGGAGACCUUCCAUGCGUCACAGCCCUCGCUUACUGUGGACGGCUUCACAGACCCAUCAAACUCAGAGAGGUUCUGCUUAGGCUUGCUCUCCAAUGUUAACCGCAACGCCACUGUAGAGAUGACAAGAAGGCAUAUAGGAAGGGGAGUGCGCUUGUAUUACAUAGGUGGGGAAGUGUUUGCCGAGUGCCUAAGUGAUAGUGCAAUCUUUGUGCAGAGCCCCAACUGUAACCAGAGAUACGGCUGGCACCCUGCAACUGUGUGUAAGAUCCCACCAGGCUGUAACCUGAAGAUCUUCAAUAACCAAGAAUUUGCUGCUCUUCUGGCUCAGUCUGUUAACCAGGGUUUUGAAGCCGUUUAUCAGCUAACUCGAAUGUGCACCAUAAGAAUGAGUUUCGUGAAGGGGUGGGGAGCAGAAUACCGGAGGCAGACAGUAACAAGUACUCCUUGCUGGAUUGAACUUCAUCUGAAUGGCCCUCUGCAGUGGUUGGACAAAGUAUUAACUCAGAUGGGAUCCCCUUCAGUGCGAUGUUCGAGCAUGUCAUAACGUCCAUCACCAGCCGAGCUCACCAAGAGACUUCAUGUAACAACUCUUCCGUCGUAGUAUUCGUGUAUGAUCCCGUGGACUGUUUGCUAUCCAAAAACUCCGGAGCGAAAACAGCACUUGAGGUCUCAUCAGUUAAAGCACCUUGUGGAAUCUGUUUCCUAUAUUUGAAUAUUAGAUGGGAAAAUUAGUGUCUAGAAAUGCCCUCCCCAGAGGGGAAAAAGAAGACUUAAAGACUUAAUGAUGUCUUGUUGGGCAUAAGACAGUGUCCCAAAGGUUAUUAAUAACAGCAGUAGUUGUGUACAGGUAAUGUGUCCAGACCCAGUAUUGCAGUACUAUGAUGUGUGUAUACAUUCUUCGUUUGCAUAAAUGAGGUGUGUGUGCUGCUUCUUGGUCUAGGCAAGCCUUUAUAAAAUUACAGUACCUAAUCUGUUAUUCCCACUUCUCUGUUAUUUUUGUGUCUUUUUUAAUAUAUAAUAUAUAUAUAUAUAUAUAUCAAGAUUUUCAAAUUAUCAUUUAGAAGCAGAUUUUCCUUGUAGAAACUAAUUUUUCUGCCUUUUACCAAAAAUAAACAAACUUGGGGGAAGACAAGUGGAUUAACUUGGAAAUCCUUGACCUUAAUGUGUCCAGUGGAUCUUGGCAGUCAUUCUCUUUGUGAUCAUUUUCUGCUGGGUUGCAUUAGAAGGAAACCUUACUGGGUGGGAACUUGCCGGCUCCUCAUCCCAUUUCUGUUCUGAUACAGGACAGGACAGCAUAAUGUCAUUGCGUAAUAGUUGCACUGAUGACUUCUGGGUAGUCAAUUAGAGGUCGGUAAAGGUUUAUGUGGGCAGUAAGUCCCUUUGUCUAAUAACCAGACUUCAGCAGAUGAUAACUGACAUGUAUAACCAGUUGUUCUCUUGGUUAACUUUUGUCUCAAACAUGCACAGGUGGCAGUAUAAUUAUUUUCAGGGCUAUUCUAGAAUCAUCUCGGUAUGUUUCCUUCUUCCAAAGCCAGUCUAAUAAUAAAGAACCUUUUUGUAAAGGCAGCUGACCUUUGGCCUCGUUUCACUUUACUACCAGGUUGUAUUACAGAACAGACCUUUUGUAAAUGUGUUAGAGUGACUCUGAGGUAUUGUCAGCAGAUAGGGCCAUCUGCUUUUAAAGUGUAUUGUAUGUAAUUUAUAAAUAGAAUGUUAUUUUACCUAGUUUCAAAAUUUUAAAUACUGUGAGCUAAGCCGUUUAACAAGGUCUCUAGCCCGCGGUUAGCUGUGGACUUAGCCCUUCCUGACUAAUCCUGGGGUGUGCUUUACUGACCUUUCCACUCUGCGGAAAGGAGGUCCCAGCUGCUCUGUUGGUCCUCCGUUCUGCAGUACACAACAGUCAUGUCCAGUGUUGACGCCUUUCUUGUUUGCAAUUCCAUACAAAUGCCUGGUCUCCUUUUUGUAAACUUUCAUAUUUUUGCAGACAAAUACCUUUGGUACUUACUCUUUGAGACCAUAUACAUAUGUAUGUAUAGUAAUCAUUUUUUGAUGCUUUUCAACAUUUGGUUAUUUUCUAUUUGAUAUUUCUUAUUUUCCUAUAUUUGUGUGUGUAUGUUAUUUGUUCAUGUAAAUUUGUUAUAGUGAUUUUUUAUUCAAAUAUUUAUUGUUCACCUGUUAAUGUGCCAUGAACUUCCUUGACCUCUGGGUGAAGGUGAACAAGACAGCUGUAGUUCCUGCCUUUGCUAAGAGAGCAGUUGGUUUAACGAAUACUCAAGUGUCUGCAUAGGAGGUAAACAGGGUAUGUCUAGAGCACGGCAGAAGAGGGUGCUUUUGGUAGGACAUUGGGAAGCUAACACCUGACCUAGGAGGAGAAAGCCAUGUGAAAAGCCAAGGGCAGUUUAACAGUGCUGGGACAGCAUCACACCAAAGGCUCAGGCUCAUAGAGACUCAUUGUCAGGUAUCAGUUGUGCACACACUCACACGUGUUGAAGGUGGGACUGCUUUGUGACAGGCUGCUUCUGUCAUCUCACUGUAGUCUGUUCCUCAGACCUCGUUGUACAGCUUUCUUAUACCAGGUCAGUGCCACUUAAUUUAACAGCUCCCAUUAUGUAAAUGCUCACCAGUCUGGAAAGCCCCUGCUUGCUUCUGAACUUUUUGUUACAUACUGGUUAUCACUGCUCCCCUUCUGCCCAUCUUGUGAUAGAGCAAGUGUCCUGUGUAUUAUUGCUGUUGAGCCUGCUGGAGAUCAUCCUUGUACAUAAACUGCCCCUCACUGGGACUUUCCACAGACCGGAAAACUUGACCUGUUGGGACAGCUUUGAAAGGAGGUUAUCAGAUAUGUUUAAAGUGAUGGGAACAGUGAGACACAGCUCCAUGAUUGGGGUUCUGGAGUAGGCUUUCUGUAUAGUAUGAAAUGGUGUUUUCCCUUGGGAAACACUACCGCUGAACAUGGACUGUCAGAGUCAUGUGAAGAGAAUUCAGUAGUUACCUUCACUUUUCUCUGAAAUGCUGUGGACAUGCGUUACACUUUGUCUUUGCCGUGGCCUAGAUUUUGUUGAUUUUACCUCCUUGGUUGAUUUGUAUUGAUUUAAGUUCUCCACAUUACUUAGCAUCAUGUCUUAACAGUAAUUUGAAAGCCUUUUCACCAGAUUCAAACAUUCAGCUGGAUUAAGCUAGCCCUUUGGAAUGCCAUUAAACUGGGCUCUGAUUUAAAGACCCUUUAUCCUGCUAGGGUCUAAGCCACACCAGUUAAACAUACUAUCCAUCAUUAUAUACAUUUAGUCAGCAUAGUUUCUGCCUGUUAUUUACCCAGCCACUGUGAUUCUGGGACCACGUCCUGGCCCUGGAGUUGGGCUUAGUCCUGUAAGAGUCCCUGUUGUUUUUGCCAGAAGGAAUUCGCAUGUAUUUUCUUGACAGCUCAAUCUUCUAAUUGUGUACUUUUGUCUGUAUUUUAUAAUACAUACAUACAUACACACACACAUACACAUACAUGCACACAUAUAUGUGCAGAUUGUUUAGUAUCUAGUUUCUGUACCUUAAACAACAUGCAGUUUAAUGUAGCUCAUCUGUAUUAAGCCAUCAGAGUUCUCCUUAGUUUCUUUAAUGUCACCUUCAUCAUGCCUUUGUGGUCAGUUCAUCCCGACUCAGACUCCAAGUGGAAACAGUCAGGUUAGUAGGCUUUUGCUAGUCAAAGUCAAAGCAGAUGCCCAUUUGCCUUCUCUACCUCUGCCAAGAGCUGCUCAUAUGUAUUUUAAGCCCUCCCCCCUUUUUAAAGAUUGUUAACUACUUGGAACAGUUAUUCUCUUUGCUGGAGAGUAGCUGCUCUGGUGGUGCGGUAUAAAGUAACAGAAGACAAUCUAAGUUGGCCCUUCCAGCUUGCUUGUGUGUUCCACCUCUAUGCAUCUUUCGCAAGCGUGACCUCACAGGGCAGCCAGGGCCUUUCCUCAUGCUGAGGCUUUGGUGCCCUGACAUAUCAGACUUACUGCUUGCCGUGCUUUUGCUUGAGCACGUUGCUAAACUGCAGGCUUCCUUGCACCUUACCCUCCUCAGUCAGCUCUGUUUUUUUCUGUAUGCAUUCUGUAUUCUUUCUUAGUGCUGUGCAUUUCCCCACAGGCAAGCUAAUAUUGUUUUUUUCCUGGCCCGCUGUUAGAGUCUUACAAAUGGCUCUGGAAUUUUUGCCCAGUUAAAAUGUCCUUGUGGCUGACAAGUAGCAAACUGUCAACAUUAUUUAUUAUAAUUUAGAUGGUAACAGCAUCUCUAUCACAGUUUGGGGACAGUCUAGAUCAGUGGUUCUCAACCAGUGCUGCAGCCCUUUAGUACAGGUCCUCAUGCUGUGGUGACCCCAACCAUAAAAUUAUUUUGUUGCUACUUCAUUACUGUAAUUUUGCUACUGUUAUGAAUUGUAAUGUAAAUAUCUUUGUUUUUUGAUGACCUCUGUGUUUGUUGGUGACCCCUGUGAAAAGGGUGUUUGACCACCCCUCCCCCAAGCUGUUGCAGCCUACAGGUUGAAAAACCACUAUUUUUUAAAGUGUCAGAUUUACUACAGUCAGUGAUGGUGGUACGUGGUCUGCAGAGACAGACCUCUGCCAUUAGCUUCGCUUCUGUUUUCCAGCUUUCUUGAUUAUUUUGCUUGUUCAGACUACCUUUUCUCCAGGGAGAUUGAGGGACACAUUUUUUCUUGGACUAUAGUUUAUGUGUAUAAACACUUGCAGCCAGAAGAUGCUGAGUGCUUUUGUGAUAAAAACUGGCCUCACGUUUGUGUUAUUUCUUGAAUAGACCUUUACCUUGGACAUUAUAGCUAGCUUAUAUACAUGAGAGUUGCCUCAAACAUUUUCGUUUCAGUGUGUGUGUGUAUGUGUGUGUGUGUGUUUAAAUGUAUACACACAUGCACCCUCAGAAAACAAACAGUAGGAUUAUCUUAACAGAGAUGAAAGAUACAUUGUUUAAAUCUCAGAUCUCAGUAAACACUCCUCCUUUGCUUGUAGACAUUUUCCUCUCAUGACACAAUCAGUGUAUUUAAAAUGAAAUUAUCAGUCCUAAUUUGGCAGUUCAGCUGGUAUGCUGAUGUUUAGGCACUGUGGUGGAAAUCAAUUACCACCAAUAAAGCUUUUCAUAUACCUCGUCCCUAUACUAUAUGUAUACCCAGUGCUGAGGGUUAACUUUUGAAAAUCUGUUCCUCAUUUGUGUCUCCCCAUGAAAUUGCCACUUCAGAGACCUGGGAAGUAACUCCAUGAAGUCACACUCCCACACCUAAUGUAACUCUAAAUGAAGAAAGUUCAGGUCUGUCUUGGCAGUGAUAACAGAAAUGAUUUUUGGGGUCUCUUUAUACUAAUCACCUAAGUGUUUAUUGGCUAGCUUCUGAGUCUUAGAGUGGACCCUAAAUUUCACAAAUGCUAGAGAUGUAGGAUCCCUUGGGAAAAGGGAUGUUUUCUGGUUUGCUAUUUUGGUAAGAAUUUACUCCUUGUUUCUGACUUGAAGUAAUUUUUAAACAACCAAAUACACACUAUAAGAACAGAUAUAAAGCUUUAGAGUACUGGAAAACACUCUGAUUAGUCUACUUCCAAACCAGCUGUUACCCUCCUCUCUUGGCUUUAAGCUCCUGGCUGGUUAUAGUGUUGAACACUAAGUAACUUUAUGUUUCUAAGGCUGUAUUAAGUUGUGCCCUUCACAGUGGUGUGUCAUAGGGUUGGCUUUGAGGAGCAUUUGUCUCUGGGGGUGGAAGUCUGUCUUCCUGGGGAGAGUCCCUAAGAAAGUGGCCAGCCAUCAUCAGUGUUGACAUUGGUGAAAUGUGAGAAGAAACGUGCCUUGAAGGGCCAGUGCCUAACUGGGGCACACCUCUCCUUGCCUCAGAAGUAUAGUGGAUUCUUGGCUUCUAGAGGUAGUUCACAGAGAUUGGUUAAAUCUUGAGAAUAAUUCACUGACCUCUGGCCUUGGAACUUACCCACACCGUGUGUGCGCACACCAGUCCAGCCUGUUUCUUGGUGAAAUGUGGAUGGGUGCGCACUAGACCAGCUUUCCCUUCCGCUUCACUUGCACUCUGUUAACCCUGAUAUAGGGUGUAAGUAUUGACUCACCUUGUUGGUGGCAGUGACCUGUAACAGCACUUUCUAGGUGACUGGCUAAGGCAGCAGCUUCUUAGGAAGCCAAGUCAAAAAGCAUCAGAGUGCCUCCUGCCUCAAGGCUGCCCUGCCUGGGGGCUCAGGACACAGUAGUGUGGCUAUGGACCUUUGCAAAUACCUUCAACCUUUGCUGUCUUCAUGUAAGAAAUAGGAAUGUGGGAGUAGUUGGUGUUGAAGGUUUUUACAUUAAAGGGAUAUAAAACGAUAAACUAGAAUAUUCAUUUAGCUCCAAAAAAUCUUAAUGAAUGGUAAGAUACUAUGUAACUGAUGGAAACAGGAGACAUGGGGAAGUCUUGUCUGAAAGUGGAUUUCAAGAGUGAAGUCUGAAACACCACCACUAAGUGUACUUGGUCUCAGUUAACUAACCUUAAGGUAUUUCCGAGCUUCUAGCAGUUUAGCCAGUGUGGAGGAAGUAGCCUUUAGCAAGAGAGCUAAAAGUCCAAUGUCCCUAAGGAGCCUUAUGUACUCGGAAAGUCUUUCCUCUUCACAUGUUAUGGGAAGGUGACCAGUUCCCUGUCAUGCCUGGGACAAGUGUCCCAGAUGUGCUAAUCAAAGUGAGUCCUAGGGGUCCUAGGAAGAGUUGUCCCCCUUGGGUGUCCUCAGGACUUAUUCUCAUACUAAUGUCAUCAUAGCUGAUAACUCUGUUGUGUUGGGUUGGCCCAUGACAGUCAACAUUUUUAGGACUUAUCUAUGUGUUCUGUAAUCAUUCAUUACUAUGGGUGCAAGCUAAGAUUUACAAUAAAAAACACAAGAAGCAAUGGAGUUGAGUAUGGAAUGAAAAGAGGCAAUGAGAUAGGGAUGAUCUGUGUAGGUGUGAGUACACUUCGUGUCCUUAGGAGUGUCCUUAGGAGUUCUUGUAAGAGAAACAGUGUAAAAUUAUAGAUGUCUUCUCCUAUAAGGGGAAAAACAUGGUCUUUGAAGCUUUGGUUUCUAUUUCCCAAUCCGUCCUGCUCAAGGCAGAAUGUGAUACUGUGGAGUGUUUUUGUUUUUGUUUUUGUGGAUGCUGUCUUAAAAUUAGUUAAUGUGUCAUCCAGAAGCACGUAAAGGAAUCAGUGUCCCAUAGAGUUGGAACCAUUUGCUCUCAAGUCUUCUGUCCUACUCUAAAGGUGCUUACCAGCUAGACUGAGCUCAGGAGCCAAGGGCUUUUCUAAGACACCAUGGACUGACUUCCUAAUGCUGUUUGGCAGACGUAAACCCGGUUCCUGCUCUCUGGGAGUCCUCAGCGGCUGAUGCAGUGUACUGUGAUGGAGAUACUAAGUGCGUUAUUUGUAAGCCUUCUCUCAAUAAUUGUCAGACAAUGGUUGUGUGUGUGUGUGUGUGUGUGUGUGUGUGUGUGUUUUAAACAAUGAGCUGAGGCUUAUUUACAGCUGGUUUCCAGUUAAAAUUGUGAAAUACUUAUUUCUUGUCCACACCAAAUAUUUCAGUCUAUUUAAUGUAUUAAAGAAAUAGUUCUGCUUAAGAAAAUGUUGCUUAAAUGUUGUGUGAUUUCUGGUGCAUUUUUAUACAGAUGUGUGUGCGUCUCUGUGCAUUCACUCUCUGCCUUUGCUCUCUGUUAACAGUCCUGCUGCCCUCGGAAGGUGGACACUGUUCCUAGCAUUAAAAAAUCAUUUGUGUUCUUUACCAUGUCAUUAUGGGAUCCAGUUUGUUUUGAUUUUGGUAUAAGGUGGUCUUUCUGAGAUGAUUACAUUUUGGUAUCUACUGUCUAAAUUAUGUGAAUAUGAAAAGAGAAAAGGAUUUUGUAUAUGUGCAGGUAUAUUCUUAAGAGUAUAUCUUUUUUUAAUUUGAUGGGAUACACAGGGACUUUUCCUAUCCCUUUCUCAGAUAGGCCCUGCACAGUACUAGUUACAUGCUUUAAUUCCAGUUUGCCUGUGACAAAUUAGUGAUAAAUAGGCAACAUUUAUUGUUUUAAACAAAAAUAAUGAAAUUCAAGUUUAUCCUGUAAAUACACUUAACAACACCACAUAACUGUGUUUGUUGUUUUGUUUUUUAAGGCCUUGAAAAGUACUAGAGACCUAAUCUCAGAGUUACAUGAUCAACAUGAAAUAAUUGAGAAGUUUCCUGUUGGGCCAUACUUCCUGUCUGAGAAAAAGAGCCUCAGAAGCUGAAGUGCACAGCCCUGUUUGGCAUGGAACAGCCCAGACAAUGAGCUGAGCAUUUUUAUUGCAAGCAAAACAGGUUUACUAUUAAAACUGCUAUAGAAUCUAACUAUAAUAAAAAAACAGUCUAAAAAACACUUUGUGAAUAUGUGAAUAUGAAAAGAGAAAAGGAUUUUGUAUAUGUGCAGGUAUAUUCUUAAGAGUAUAUCUUUUCACAAGAUAUACUCACAAGAGUUCACAUUCUUGCUGCAACAGGCCUUGAGGUAGCCUGACUAGACUGUCUCCCAACUUUAAGAACGCCUGUUGACCAGGCUGCUAUAGUGCUGGCUCUCUGCAGUGGAGACCGUGUGGCUGCUGUGUGUAUAAAGUGGCAGAACACAGAGAAGCAUUAAGCUCUUCAUGCUUGCACAUCAGUCUUCCCCUCAAAGUGAAUUGAAUCCUUUAAUACAGGAGGCAGAAGUGUGGAUGUCAGGCUCAUGUCUUCCCCUGCAACCAUUCUUUAGUGGCACACACGUACAAGAGGUGGGGUGAAGACUGCAUUAGCUAGUCAGUACGUAUUUGUGGGAGUAGGGCAAGAGGAUUCAGUAGGUAAAAGCCCUUGUGCAGACCUCUAUACCUGGACUUGAUCCCCAAAACCCACAUGAAGAUAGGAAGAGAAGUGACUCUGCAAAGUUGUUCUCUGACCUUCAUAUUUGCCUACUUACCACCAGACACAAAUAGUGAGAAGUUAUAUAUCUUCUGUAUUAUCAGUUCAUGGGCUCCAGCUUCAUUUUUGACAGACUUUGUUCCCAUCAAAAUCUAGACAGUCUAAAUUUAGAAGUUAACAAUCAGGAAUAUGAAAGUCUUCAGUGAAGAGGCAUGUGAAUAUUUGUAAAAAUCCUUGUAACUGAUCAUUUUGGUGAAAAAAGGUUUAUGCUACUUUGUACAUGUUAGGACUAUAAGGUUUGCAUUCUUAAACAUACUAGCAGAAGGCAAGAUCAGUGAGUCCAAAUUCACGCAGAUGUUCAGGGGUAAAUCAGUUAGACCAAGCUUACUUCCCCAGGAAGUUUGGGAGUUGGAUGUUACCAUAAGAAUUAACAAUGUAAAUAGAAUUUGAGGGGUGGUUUUUUUGUUUGUUUGUUUGUUUGUUUGUUUUGUCCCUCUGCCUCAUAGUACUAUUAAUUACUUUUAAAAGUUCAAAAAUUGGAAAGAGGUGUGAUCCAGAGGAAAGCAACGGUGCUUCUGAACCCCUGAUCUAGGAAGGACAUUGUGAGGUUAUUGUUCAAGGCUUCAUUCCGUUAGGGAGUGACUUAGAGUGGUCUUGAGGUCUUAGAGUGCACCUUGGGCUUGUAAACAUGGAAGAAGUCCAGAUAUUGCUUACUAAGCAGCCACCAUCAAUGCAGAGCAGAUUGAUAACCACAAGCUACCAUAAAGGCUGGGUAGCUGACAGCACAUGCCCCAGCAUUCUGGAAUGUACCCAUGAGGCAUGAGGAUGGUGUCUGUGGCAGCGUGGUCUACUUUGUUUACACCAGCAGCCUCUGCAUGUGAAGAUGCUGGUUUUAGUUCAUUGACAUGGGUGGUCUGGUAGAGAACUCCCCGAUGUUCCUAUGAGUUUGAUGGCAGUAAAUUGGCAGUCUUCAGCCUGUUGCCUAACAGCACUUCGCUAUGAAGCCACGCUUGUUGGACAGCAACUGGAGGAUUAUGCCCUCUGCUGUUAAAUGGUAUGUUGUUUUCCCGGGAGAUCUUGUCUCUGUUGGCUUGUUAUUAGCAGCAUUUAAUCAUACUACAUCAAGUAAAUACCAUGUUUGUGCACAUGACUCACUUUUAAGUAGUUACUUUUUAUAAAAGUGUUUGGGCUACAGUGAGAAGGUAAAGACUGAAAUGAGCCCAUUUUGCCCCUGGAAUAAAGUACUUUAGUAGGAUGUUUAGCUUGCCCCUUUCUGUUAAAAAGGGAAAAAAGUGUUUUUCCCAAGAACCCAACAUUCUUCAUUCCAACUUUUUUUUUUUUUUUUUGAGAGAGAAUUUCUCUGUGCAACAGCUCAGGCUGUCCUGGAACUUUCUUUGUAGACCAGGCUGGCUUAGAGCUCACAAGAGAGCUGUCUGCCUGUUUGUUGAGUGCUGGGAUUAAAGAUGUGUCACUGUGCCCAACCUCAUUCUCACUUUAAUCGAGUUUUAGAACACUCUUGGUCAAUCAUGAACACAUUUUGUCAGGAAUUGAACUUCAUAGACAUAAGUGCAUGUUUUCAUCUGCAGCAGAAUCAGUGGCCUGCGGAGCACUGGUUUCUAGAAAUGCUCUGUAGUAGUUACAGGAGGAACGUUAUUACAGUCUGACAGUUUGAUUUUUUUUUGUUUGUUUGGUUGAUUUUUGUUGUUUUGCUGUUUGGGGGAGGAUUGUUUUUGAGACAGGGUUUUACUGUGUAACCUUGGCUGUCCUAGAAUUAGCCAGGCUGGCUUUGAACUUAAAGAGAUCCGCCUGCUUCUGCCUCCCCAAGUGCUGGUUUUAAAGGUGUGUGCCACCACUACCUGGCUAUAGGUUAUCUGUGUAAGGGAAGGGAAAGGCACAGAAAAAAGUACUUUUCCCAAAAAUGGAAAUCACCUAAAAGUGUGUCAAAUUUUAAUUUUUAAAUAAAACAUUCUAUCACAACA